UUGCGGCUUUUAUCUCCCCGCGUUGCGACCUUAUGACGAUUUCUUAACAUUUCUCUGUACUCCGUCUACUAGUGGCCAUCUUUUGUACACCAACUAUGCUACAUUGAUGCGGCCUCCAACUUGUUUUUUUAGUUAACUGGUAACUAUGUCAACAAUGAAGCCUUACAGUCGUGACCCCAAAAUGGAUUUACCGGCUUCUCAUUACGGGAAACUUGACAAGAAAAACCCGGUUAUCACGUCGUUUCAACGAGACAUUAAUUCAUUCAUGACUCUAAUGAGACGUGUCGUGUCUUCGACCUGUCAGGACAAUUGUUCCUAUGCUAAAGGGAUUAAAGUUCUUCUGGAUAUCUGGGAAAGCUACAACCAUCGACUUCCGUUCAAGUUGUUCCACGAGCAAGUGUUGAGGAUUGCAGAUUUCCUUUAUGGAAUCAGGCUGUACCAGCCGGCUAUGUGGCAUGGCUACAGCCUCCAUCUCCUUCAGUACACACCUGUUAAUAUCAUCGAGAUCACCGACGUGGACCACUUCAGGACCUGCUUUUUUCCUGAAGGAUUUGAUACAGACAAAGACGUGUUUUGCAUGAAGGUUCGCGCAAUGUUUGGCAGUGCGCUGUGCCUUUUUGAGCAGGAAAAAAUCUCUCGCGUUCUCAGCCAGCAAGGGAUUUCUAAACUGCUGCGUGUGCUGGACUUCAUCAGGAUCAUGAUGCAGGCUUUUCAACAACACGAGCACCUCUGCUGGAUUAUAUAUGAUGCAACAUAUUACAUCUACAUCAUUUCCCGUUACCUGAUGACGAUAAAUUGCAGUCCACAGGCAUUGGAAUACCUCCUGUGGGCAUGUAUCAGUGUUGAGCUGUCUGUUCCCCUUAUGACUGUGAAAAAUGUGCCGUGGCUUGUCACCCUCUACUGCGUCGUCUGUUACUGUUAUUAUGACAACAAUGCUGCGCUGGAGGCUGAGAAAUUUGCGAGAAGAGCGCUUGGAAAAAUCCAAGAACUUUCACAACUGGAGGAGAAAAAUGGAGGUUGUUCCAGAGAGUCACAGAUGGCCUUCAAAGAAGCCUCUAUCAAGCUGGCGGCUCUGGUUUUCAAGCGUGCUUCUUUUGAGACGAGGAAAAAGAAGCAUGCAUUUCAAUCCAUGACUACAAAAACCUCCCUGAAAGAUAUACCAAAUACAUCAUGGCCCUGUACCACCACAGAGCGAACACUUUGGCUUCUAUUCGACAGUAACGCAGCUCGGUUUUUGGCCAUCUUGGAGGCGCUCUGGGACAACUCCACCCGCCCACUACAGACAAAACAAGUUGUACUUGGUAUCGAUGAUCAAAUGAAAGAAGUUAUUCUGGAACUUCUGUUGACAGGAAUGAGGAUAUUGGCUGGAGGCGUCAAAGCACCUGAGCAGGACCAGUGUCUGGUUGAAAUUACUUCAAGUUCAACUCUGUUGGAGUUAGCGACUGCAGGGGAAGACAAGAUAUCUGUUUUAUCUGCAGUGAGGUUCAUUAAAUUGAUUUUUCAGUGCAACCAACCACUGUCUUUUGAUGAACUCAACCGCGAGAUGCUGCAGGUUUUAUCCGGUCUGGAAGGUCAUCCGUACAGGAAGGCAGAGAUGGAGUUGACCUUACUGGACAAGUUCAGCUGUCUUCUUUCCAAAGAGAAACCUGUGAAAGGGGAUCACAACGAAAGGCUAUCUUUCCUGAAGUGUGAUGAGUGCAUCGACCUUUUGCAUAACAUGCACAACUUCGUCUGUGAGACGACUCAGGAAACGGCUCCUGAUACAGACCUGGUCAUUGACAUUGUGCUUUUCCUGUGGAGGAAGUUAAAGAUGGUUCUGCACAGAGACCAGUUAAAAAAUGAGCUUUCACAACAACCUGAGAAGUUAAGCAGCUACAACAGUCUGGUGUGGUCUCUGUCCAUGCUCAUUGAGGUGGCCUUUGCAUGUCACCUGGCAGAUUUUGACUGCAUCCUGGUUGCAGAGAUGGUCUACUGCUUGGCUGUGCAGGUGGAAAAGGCAGCCGAUCAAAGUCUCAGCCCACAAUCUGCAGUGACACCAGAGACAGAAGCUGUAAACAGCGUGAAGACUGCUUCAGUUUUUGAGAUGUCAAGUGCAGAGUUGCUUCAUAUGGUCUGUGAAAUGGUGAACAGAGGGUUGGAGGCUCUGACCAAAGGGAUUGGAAUCUCGGUGCCUCAGGAUUGUACCCCGAUUGUUGACAUUGCUUUCAUGCAGAAAUUUGAUCCCAACACCCUUGUGCAUACUCUUGCCCAUGUGAAAAAAGAGGAGCGAGAUAACAGUCAAGAAUUCAAUAGCAGUGAUGAAUGGGAGGUCAACGGUGAUCCGGUGAAAGGCAUCACACGCAUGUUUCUUUUGGCCCUCGAUUUCCAUCUGGAACUGAACAUCAUCCACCACAGAGCCUCGCUUAAGUUACUGCGAUUAAAUGCAGUUUCAGAUUCGGACCUGUUGGAUCGGAUCAAGAAAAACAGGGCAUCCCAAGCCCUCUGCCUGAUGCAGAAGGCCUUGCUGCUGCACAAAAAACCUGAAUUAACUGACUCAAGCGAUGUGCACAGCCUGCUGGAGGAAGCAUGUCAUCUCAUGGAGAAAGCAGAGUUGGAGGAGAGAAAGCUUUAUAUAUCCACACUUCCUAAAACACAGAUGAAAAAUCUAGAAAAGGCAAAGACGGAGGAGAAAGAAAGCCCUCCGCCGCCUCCUAUCUUAAUAGGACGCACAGACUUCUCUUUAACUUUUGUACCAGCGCUAUACCACCUGGAGGAAAGAGUGUGCUGGUAUCAGCUCUGUGGGCGUGUCGCAGAGGGUAUUAACCAAAAAGUCCGUCUCGGAGACUGCAACCUGCCAGGAACUGGACAUUUGGUGCCUGCAAAAGAAGGCGAUUGCUUGCUGAAAGUGCGAGGCCUUGAGCCAAACCAGAAAUAUGUGUUUGCCGUAGCGGCGUACGACAGUCAUGGAAAGUUACUGGGCAAUGCCAUCGGAAUGACAUCUUUUCCACUGCUGGCAUCAAUGCCCAUUCCACUGCUCUCCAUAUGGGCUCACUUGGCAAAGGUCUCGUAUCAGACUGGGCAUCAUGACAUCACCAAGAGAGCCUGCAAUGAAUUGUGGAAUCACUACACGUUCUCAAACGUCACACAUGAGCGAUUCGCUUCCACAGGAUUAUGUCUCCAGACACUGCUGACCUCUUCACCUCUGCUCUGUCUGCAAUUCCUCGCUUCUAUCUUCACUGAGACUGAAAUCAACAUCCGCAACGAAUCUCUCUUCUGCGAUAUUGUCAGUGCCAAUGGACUGUUCAUCUGGGAGCAGGAAGCCAGACUGGCCCAGUGUGAGCGGAUGCUGGCGGCUAUGGAUCUCAGCAUGUGGUUGGAUGACGGCAAGGCGGCAGUGCAGGCUGCCAUCAGCUGUUACAGUAUACUGGCCCCGAUGCUUUUCAACCAGUUGCCCUGUGAUGCUGUUGUCCAGGUCCUCACAAAAUGCUUCAUUCUUCUGGAGGAGAAUGUUACAGUUCUCAGACUUAAAUGGAUGGGUCAUACGACGGUGACAUUGAUCCAAAUGAUUGCCUGUCUCACAUACUACAUGUCCAAGACCUUACGUGUGUUUAAGAACCAUCAGAUGGGCAUUGUGAUGAUGGAACGUGGUCGCAAUCUGCUUCAGGCUGUCUAUGAUGCCCAUAGUCUGUCAAAGGCAGCACAUGUGGCUGCAUUAAAGAUCAGCGUUCAUCUGAAAGCGAUACAUGGGAAGAAUAAGAAGCUGUUGACCAUGGAGGGAACACGUCGAUCGAACUGUGAAACCCCACUCUCAUCACCUAAAUGUAAGGAUGCCGCCAGUCUCUAUGCACAGAUCUGUAGCAUCCCAUUAAAAGACGCCUUCAGAAGUGUUAUUAAACUCAGACGCAGGACAUAUUUUGUUGAAUUUUCGGCGCUUCUCCUAAAGAGAGCCAUGGAAGAAGGCAAACCAGAUUUGGUAUUGAGGUGGGGUCAAAGCUUCUUUGAGUACCUGUCCAGGCGUGAUAAAACAAUGAAGGCGUCUGCUAUCAUUUUUUCCGAAGGAAGUGAUGAGACUGCGAGAAGAAACACCCCAUCUGUGGGUCAUAACAAAAGUGCUGCUCAUAUACUUGAAAAUCGGAAAAAACUAAAGCAGAAGAUUCCAGCAACCAUGCUUCAGAGAGUGAGAACAAUGAGAGAGCGGCUGGCCGUGGAGAACAUGUUGGCCUCACUGUCAUCCAUAGUGCAUCGACAGAGGAGGCUGCUUCAACUGAGAACCAUGUUGUGUGAGGAGCUGGUGUGGAGGGCCCAGCUCAACUUCAGCGUGGCUCAGGCACAUUUGACCAUGUUUUUCAGAGGCCUUGAGCAGCAGCACGGAGGAGCCCUGGAAUACAGUUACAGCACCUUAAAUCCCUUGAGUUUUUCACUGGCUUUCACUGGUGUCCUCGUCCAGCUGACUGACAUCUCUCCCUAUCAGCAAGAAGAGGAAGUCAUGUUGGGAAAAAUGGACGCGAAUAAAAUCAAAGAGUGCUCGGCGGCCAGAGUUGAGUAUUACGUGAACGAAGACAGUUCCGAGGAGGAGGAGAGUUUUGAGGACGAAGAAAGUUGUGAUGAGGAUCGAGAGGAUGGACAGGAACCAGAGUUUGAGGAGCCGGAUGAGUUUGCACUGCAAGAAGAGGAAUCCAUUGAGUCAGAAGACCCGUUCAGGAUUUAUAGAUACACAGCUGCAUUGCAGUGGGAGUCACUUAACAGCGUGGCUCUACAUUUCAGGAGAGCCAUGGUGUUGGCUCACCGUGGCAGCAACUGGACGCUUCUGUUGAGCGUCUGUCAGACGAUGUGGGAGCAGUGGUGCAGAGUGACUACAACGGCACUGAUAGCUUCUCAGGAGAAACCAGCCCUGCUCUUGUCCACAAGUCAACUGAACGGCAUCUUUGACCCUCUCGUGGUGUUGGCUGCUGACCUGAUCAUGGACAUGCUGGACAAACAAGGGUUGUGGAGCGUCUAUGACGAUGUGAAUGAGGACGAGCUGCAGUGCACGCUCAACUUUUCCACGCAACUGGAUGGGUGCACACAGGUCGACAUGCGUUGGGUUCGUACCUUAGUUUUACGCGCCUUGGAACAGCUACAUUUUGCUGGCAAAUGGGAGUCACUGGCUCACUUCGCCCUGCUUUUCAACUCAUACACAAGGGAGAGAUAUGCCACAGUGGUUGCUCCUUUACUGGUCGUUGCUCAGAGGAAGCUGCUUGAGAGGCUCAAGUCUGUUGGGGGGCCAGAGGUACCCCAACCACAUCAUAUUAAGACCCAGAACGCCACUCAGAAAGAGGUCACGUACAAGACCUAUGCCUACCUCCAGCUGCUCAGUGACUGGGCGCCUACCUUUAAUAAGGACCCAAUGACCACAAAGAAAUCCCAAAUGGCCCGCAUUACUCCUGAUGAAGUUCAGUUGCAAGAUGAAGAAAUGCAACACGCUCUCACCCUCGUGAGCGUUCCCUUGAGUGUGGACGACACGCUCAGCUAUUUUCGUCAGUCACUUGGGAGUAAACCUCAGAGUCUGCAGAGCCUUUAUCACAGCUGGUCAUUGCUGAAGCUGCUACUGGCCUACACUCAGAACUACUUUGUUGAAGACAUAAAUCACUUGAAGAUGAGCUGUCGCAGCACUUCUCGCUGCCACGGUGUUGACAGCCCAACAAUUACAUCAGCAUCGAACGUUCAACCAUUCUCCCAGAUGAAAGAAGAGUUCAUGACGGAGAAAGCUCUCUACAGCUUCCCCAUUGGCCCGGGACACCUCACCACAGUCACUGACGCCUUCCACGCAACCAUCAAUCAUCUUCAGUCUGACCACUUUGAUUCCCUCAGAGUUCUGGCACUCCACGAAAUCGGCAACGUGGAAUUCUACAAUGGAAACACAGAGGCAGCCCAUGAGUCCUGGAGUAAAGGUGUGGAUGUGGCCUUACAUCAGGCAGGUGUUCUCGACAAAUGGGACGGUGUGUCCUUUGGUUUUGGAUCGGUGACUCAGACACUGCAACAGGCUGGUAUUUGGGGCUGUCUACAAGCAGCUGACUUAACAGCCAAGAUUGCGCAGUACAUCUUGAUAUCAGACAUCAGCCAGCGGACCAAGUGCUGCCUCCUGUCUGCUUACCUCUUUAAGUGUGUGCUCUGCUGCUCCCUGGCUCACCCCCUGGCUGACCUGGGCUACGCUUCCUUCAGCAUCCUGGGUGAAUUCUUGCCUGGAAUGGAUCUCUUCUCGGAACACCGGAGGACUCAUGUGGCCACCACUGUGACUGGCCUGAACUUCAUAUGUCAGUGGCUUUAUGCCACUGGCUAUCAUAUAACGCUUCUGCCUCUGCUGGUUCUCUACAUUCAUAUAGUUGGAAAUAUGUGCCGCGAUGUUCAACGCACCAUCGAUGGGAGGAUACUGAAGAUACGGGCUCUUACUGAGCUGUGUCUGUUCAGAGACGCCAUCAAAGAGGCUGUUCAGCUCACCAGAGGGACACAUGUUCUCCUCCCAAACGGACACUACAUCACUCAUGAGGACUUUGAACUGGAGAGUUCCUUCCUUCCCAACAGACCUCUGAUGGAGAACACUGAGGCAAUAGAUGAACUGGUGAAUUCCAACAUUCUUCCAGAGGUCGGUGCUCUGUAUGGAUCGACUUCGUGCCUGAGGUUUGAACUCGCCAGAAUUCAGCUCCUCCUCGCGCUGAGUAGCACUAUACGAGACGCCCCUCGACCAGAGUUUACUGUGAAAGAAAAAGUGGAACCCGACGUUGUUGAGAAUUCAAACCAAGAACCAGAGAGCCCAGAGCCAGUGGGAUCACUCAUGUCUGAAGCCCCGAUACUGUGGUCCAUUUGUGCAGAGAAGGAGAACAUCACUCCAAGUGGGCUCAAGUUCCUUUUGCUGGAAGAGGUGUCUGUCCUGCUGCGGCCUAUUUUUGAAAAGCUAACAUCUGACCUUGGCCAUGAAACCGAGAACUUGGAGUUGGCAUUAGAGUGCAACCUCCUGAUGGCAAACCUUCAUCUGCAGCAAGGAGAUGCUGCCCUGAGUUCAGAGAGGGCAGUUUCAUGCUUGCGCCUGCUGCAGGACUCUGCUGCUGAGCUCCCACUUGCCAGCAUUGCCAGUGAAUCGAUUACUCAAGAUUCCAGUCUGCCAGUUUCCGUGUAUGGUGACAGUCCCAGAGCAGUGAACUGGGAUGAAAUCAGAAUUGCUCUGUGGCUCCGGUGCCAUGUGGCACUGGUCCACAGCCUGGAGGCCCAAAUCCCUGAUGCUGACGCUCAGUUACCAGGCAUGAACAUCAUAAAGGAGACAACACAAGUCUUGCAGCAGGGGCUGAGCGAUUGUGUUCUACUGGGAGAUGUGGACAAUCAAGCUCUUCUCAUGCUUGAAUGUGCAGAGCUGGAGGCACAGAGAGGGAAAACUGAUGAAGGCAUGGCACACUUGCAGAGAGCUUUGAGUCUGCUGUCCGGCAGAACAUGCAUGCCUCCAGGAUCCAGUCUGACCUUGGUUCAGGCCACCAUGCUGCUGAGCAACCUGAGUGAAUCACAAGGCGAUAAAUUCAAAGAACUGGCUCAGAAAUUGCUUCAAAAGCAGCUGGCUGCCUUUGGAGAGAGUGUUUUGUUGGAGGAUGGAAAACUGUUCUUUGCUCCCCCUGGACCCAAGAACGUCUAUCUACCCUUCCUCCAACUCAUAGAUCAGACAGAUUAUAUUUUGUAGGAAAGUCCUUCAGAAACGUGACACGCAAGGAUGGAGAAAACCCUACAAGCCAUUUUCAUCAUUAAAAAUGUGUUUUCAUAUCUGGCCUAUUUUUAUAUUUUUAGAUAUUAUAAGUCAUUUUAUACAAUUGUUAUUGUUAUAAACUCAAUGUUGUAAUUGUAUUGUUUGUUUUUUGUUUGUUUGUUUUGGUCACCCUCUUUGCAUAAUUCAGUCUGAAAAUGUGAACAGAAACAACAAAAAUUCAUCUAUCGUAUGUUUGUAUUGUUUGUAUUAAGAAGAAGAAUGAUGAAGACAUUUCAAUGUCUUGCAAAAAUACGUAUUUUAGCCCAAUAAAACUUUUCAUUGGUUGUGGACAGUAUUUUGAGGUUCUAAUAAGUUCUAAUUAUAUAAAUGUAUUCAUUUUGUCAGCGGUCUGGAGUCUGUCCCAUCUACAUUGUAA